AUGAGGAUUAUCUUUCUGUGCAUCACACUGGUGCUCUCCUUUACACCCGUCUCCUCUGAUAAGAACAUGAGCCAAAUCAAAGUUUUCCCAGAAGGAAAGCAAAGUAUUGCUGGAGUGAUCCAGGUGAGCCACUUGAAUGAGCGUAACCUGGUGGAAUACGGCUUCGAUGCCUUUGAAGCCCGGAGCCUCUGCAGAGCCCUCGGGUUGGAAAUUGCCUCAAAAUCACAAGUAGAGACAGCUCUCAGCAGAGGUCUGGAAACAUGCAGAUUUGGAUGGACUGAUGAACAUUUAGCUGUUAUUCCUCGCAUUAAUGCACUUGCUAAUUGUGGGAAAAGUCAGAUCGGGCUGGUGCCAUGGCGAGCCUCUGUAACACAGAAAUUUGAUGCCUUUUGCUUCAAUAAAUCAGGUGCAGCAACACAACUGAAGGACGCAACAACUGAUAGCCCUCUGAGCACCAGUUCUUAUCCAGAAACCAGUUUGCCUCCUUCUAAGGACCCGGACGGGUUUCUGACAACAUGGGCAGCAUCUUUCUCCUCCUCCUUGAUCCCUUUAUCACCUUCAACCUUGAGCUAUGAUGCAGAACCAGCUCGCUUUGUCAGCAGCACACACAGCUCCACAGGAGCAAAAGUUGUGCUCAUCACCUGCACCUGUGGCCUUCUCCUGAUUACAGUAGCUGUCCUCGCAUACAUAAAACUGACAAGAAAAGUCUUUCUGGGCUCUGAUAAAAAGCAGCAGCAGGAAGGAAACAUCCAGACGGAGGAGUGGAUAAGUGUGAAGAACAUCACAGAAACAACGAGAAAAGUCCAGGAAGAUCAGACGAUACAUGUGGACUAA